CACAGCUGUCAGUCAGUCCUCACUUAUCAGUCAUACGCGAGAUCUAAUAGUCAAUCCUGCAGUGAUGCUUUCAGGAACAUUAAGAUUUCUUACCCACAGCCUGGUGAAGGCUGUUCUCUUACUGGAUUUACUAACAGUUGGAUGUGGAUAUGUUGCAACCACCUGCACAAGUCGCAGAUGUCUGGCUGAAAUGUUAAUAAAGAAAGAAUAUCAAUCUCAACCACAGUAUGAAAACUGCACCCAAAUGAUAAAGGUGCCUUUCAUUGAGUACCAAACUCUGGCUGUCGACACAAAGAAUCUCCGGCUAAUUAGUCGUCUUCAAGCAAUGAUAGUGUGGAGAGAUCCUGAGUUGGGAUGGAACACAUCCAUUUACGAGUACAAUGAAGUGGUCCUGCCAGUGGAUAAAGUCUGGACCCCAGAGAUACAUGUCACAAAUGGAAUAAUGACGACGAUGAAGCAUGGUUCCCGUGAUCUGCUGGUGACCAGCAAUGGCACCGUGAUGCACUCUGUGAUCAUAAAUGCUGAGGUGAACUGUGAAGUCAAUCUGUUCAACUAUCCCUUCGCUGCUGAUGAAUGUCCUGUCGCAAUCCAAACUUGGACGCAUGAUGGAUGUGGUACAGAGUUGGAAUUUGGUGAAUUGAAGAUGGUUGAUGGUACCCACGGAGAUUGGCAAACUGACAGCGUGGCUCUCCAGAAAAAGAGAGAUGACCGCAAUUACAUCAUGGUGGGGCUGAGCAUCAAAUUUACCAACCCCUUCAUUACAUUAAUGCUGCCCAGUAUUCUGAUCAUCUUGGCUGACGCGGUCAGCUUCUCCCUGCCGCUGGGAGGUGGUGAGCGCAACUCUUUCAAGGUCACUCUGGUGCUCAGUUUCACCAUGUUCCUCAUCAUCCUCAAUGACCAGCUCCCCGGGGACAGCCAGUGCAGCCCCAUCAUCCGAAUCCACUUCUGCAUUUGUCUGGUGCUCUUGGUGUUGAGCAUGCUGGUCUCUCUGGUGCUGACACGGGUGGCCAAAGAUGGCCUCAAUUUCUGCUGCUGCUCCAAAAUGCCCUCCCCGAAAAAGGCAGGAAACAAGGAAGACAAAGAGGAUGAAGAAGCCAAACCUGAUAUCAGUGUCGUUCAGCUGAAUGGUCCAGAGGAGGACAGACAAAUGCUCAGAAAAGUGGUAAAGUUCCUGGAAGCUUUUGACACCAAGGAACAAGAAAGUGAUAAAAAUCAGAAACUUGCCGACACAAUGGACAAGAUCUUCUUCUGGAUAUAUUUCAUUUCUGCGACACUGUACUUUUGUGCCAUGAUUUAUGUGAUGGUAAGGCGUACUUGUUCAGUCAACCAUUUUGAUUUCUGGUACUAAGAUAACUGUUUGUUGUCAUGUGUCAAAAAAACAACAUACAGCUAAACUAAGCUGCACAAAAAGACAACUUUAACAUACCUAUGCAGGUCUCAUAAAUUCAAUAAUCAACAGGCAAAUGCAUAGAUUCAGUGCACAUUUACUCUAUUAUAGUGUAUUUAACCUCACAUUCAGUUUGUCAAAUAUUUUGAUAACAAUUUGUACAUUUUUAUAUGAAUCACAUGAUUUAUACAGCACAUGAAAGUAUUAUAUAAAAGUGGGACAUUUGCACGCACAGCAAAACUGUUCCUUCAGUAAAUAUAUUAAAUGCAGGAAAAGACAAAUGGAGCCAAGUGUGACACUCAUGUUCCUUUGUCUCCACCUAGUGGUUGAAUCAUUCAUUGCAGUCAGCCUGGUGCCCUACUGCACUCUUUUUGCCUUCACCUGAUCAGUUCCCACACAGAUAGCUGAUGAAAUUUUAACUAGCAGGACUUCAGCUUGAGUUUAAUAUUUCACAACUCUAUUUAUGCCCACCUCAAAAACAAAACUACUGCAGCUAAUCACAAUAACACAAUUGAAAAUAAAUAUAAGCUAUUAUUCGUAAACUAAUAGCAGGAGAGUUAUAGUUGAAUUAGAACACUCUAUCAUUUGAAACCA